AGGACGCGCCCGAGGAUGUGCCGCUGGCCGCUGCUCCUGCUCUGGGUGCUCCCCGGCGCGGCGGCGGGGGGCUCGGGCCGGCCCUUACCCCACCGCACCCUCCUCGACCCAGAGGGCAAAUACUGGCUGAACUGGGGCCCGCAGGGCGGCCGGCUUGCCUUCCGCCUCGAGGUGCGCACCGCUGGCUACGUGGGCUUCGGCUUCUCACCUACCGGGGCCAUGGCCGCGGCCGACAUCGUCGUGGGUGGGGUGGCUCACGGGCGGCCCUACCUCCAGGAUUAUUUUACAAAUGCAAAUAGAGAAUUGAAAAAAGAUGCUCAGCAAGAUUACCACCUAGAAUAUGCCAUGGAAAAUAGUACACACACAGUAAUUGAAUUUACCAGAGAACUGCAUACAUGUGACAUAAAUGACAAGAGCAUAACGGAGAGCACAGUGAGGGUGAUCUGGGCCUACCACCACGAAGAUGUGGGCAAAGCGGGCCCCAAGUACCACGCCUCCAAUCGUGGCACCAAGAGUCUGCGGCUAUUGAAUCCUGAAAAAACCAAUGUGUUGUCUACAGCCGUGCCGUACUUUGACCUGGUAAAUCAGGACGUCCCCAUCCCAAACAAAGGUACAACCUAUUGGUGCCAAAUGUUUAAGAUUCCUGUGCUCCAGGAAAAGCAUCAUGUUAUAAAGGUUGAGCCUGUGAUACAGAGAGGCCACGAGAAUCUGGUCCAUCACAUCCUGCUCUAUCAGUGCAGCAGCAACUUCAGCGACAGUGUUCUGGACCACGGCCAUGAGUGCUAUCACCCUAACAUGCCCGAUGCCUUCCUCACCUGCGAGACCGUCAUUUUUGCCUGGGCCAUUGGUGGAGAGGGAUUUUCCUACCCACCCCAUGUUGGAUUAUCCCUCGGCACUCCGUUAGAUCCUCAUUAUGUGCUCCUGGAAGUCCAUUAUGACAAUCCAACAUAUAAGGAAGGUUUAAUAGAUAAUUCUGGAUUGAGGUUAUUUCAUACCACCGAUAUAAGGAAAUAUGAUGCCGGGGUAAUUGAGGCUGGCCUCUGGGUGAGCCUGUUCCAUACCAUCCCUCCAGGCCUGCCUGAGUUCCGGUCUGAGGGUCACUGCACUCUGGAAUGCCUGGAAGAGGCUCUGGAAGCUGAAAAGCCAAGCGGCAUCCACGUGUUUGCUGUUUUGCUCCAUGCUCACCUGGCAGGCAGAGGCAUCAGGCUGCGUCAUUUUCGCAAAGGGGAGGAAAUGAGAUUACUCGCUUAUGAUGAGGAUUUUGACUUCAAUUUCCAGGAGUUCCAGUCUAAAGAAGAGCAAACAAUCCUACCAGGAGAUAAUCUGAUCACUGAGUGUCGCUACAACACAAAAGAUAGAGCCCGGAUGACUUGGGGAGGAUUAAGCACCAGGAAUGAAAUGUGCCUCUCAUACCUUCUUUAUUACCCAAGAAUUAAUCUUACUCGAUGUGCAAGUAUUCCAGACAUUAUGGAACAACUUCAGUUCAUUGGCGUUAAGGAGAUCUACAGGCCAGUCACGACCUGGCCUUUCAUUAUCAAAAGCCCGAAGCAGUAUAAAAACCUUUCUUUCAUGGAUGCAAUGAAUAAGUUUAAAUGGACUAAAAAGGAAGGUGUUGCCUUCAAUAAGCUUGUCCUUAGCCUACCUGUGAAUGUAAGAUGUUCCAAGACAGACAAUGCUGAGUGGUCGAUUCAAGGGAUGACGGCCUUACCUCCAGAGAUAGAAAGACCUUAUAAAGCUGAACCUUUGGUGUGUGGAGCUUCUUCCUCGUCUCUGCAUGGAAAGGUCUCUGUCCAGCUGCUCCUUUGCUUCCUGGCCCUGGGGUGCAUUCUGAGCACCGUGCACAUGUGGCCGUGAUUCUGCUGUGCUCAGUGACCAUGGUUUUCCGUGAUCUGAACCUGGCACUUAAUGCUCAGGUUAAAGACACUUCAGCAUGAAGAGGGAGCGUGAAGAUCUUGGUGACUUUUCCUCCAUCUCUUCCUCACCUCCCCUCCUUCCCCGGCUCCCUAAGCCAUCGGUUUUCAUCUUUCGUUAGGCACGUCUGCUAAGAUGUAUCCAUCCACCAAACAGAGCAAAGCCUGCCUAACUUAAUAUAACCUUUAAAACAUUUGGACAAAGUCAAGUGGAAGUCAAAGAAUUCUUUACUUCCUUCUGUAUUUCAUUGUGUUGAAAUUCUCAUUGUUGAAAUUUUACUUAAUUUUUUUUUUGGAUUUUGGUGUCUAUGUUCUUUUAUUUUAAAUGUUUUCAUUUCAAGGUGUCAAAGGAAGGCCUCUCCGUUCCAGUUUCUUCCACCUAAUUGCUCUUUCGUGUGACUUCCCAGGUGUAUGUGGUCCUUCCUACCCCUGGCCUUCCGACGACCUCAACAUGACCUCAGCAUGUGGAAGUUCCUGGGCCAGGGAUGGCAUCUGAGCCAGAGCCGCAACCCAACCUGCUCCAGUGACAAUGCUGGAUCCUUAACCCACUGUGCCACAAGCGAAGUUCCCUCAGUGCUUUCUGAUGAUGCCCAUCCUGAUCCCUUUGUUUAUCUGAGUCCUCUGGUCCUCCCAAACUACCCUGGACCCCAUCUCAAAGAACUAUUUUUCAGGAGUUCCUGUUGUGGUGCAGGGAAGUGAAUCCAACUAGUAUCCAUGAGGAUGCGGGUUUGACCCCAGGCCUUGCUCGGUGGGUCAGGGAUCUAGUGUUGCCAUGAGCUGAGGUGUAGGUCACAGAUGUGGCUCAGAUCUGGCAUUGCUGUGGCUGUGGUGUAGGCUGGCAGCUGCAGCUCUGAUUCAACCUCUAGCCUGGGAACUUCCAUAUGCUGUGGGUAUGGCCCCAAAAAGCAAAAAAAAAAAAAAAAAAAGAAGAAGAAGAAGAACUAUUUUUCCCCCUUCCCUGCUCAGCCCUGGCCAGGUGAGUUGUUUUCCUUGAGCUCUGUCACUAUCUAAAAAGAAAGGAAAAGCUUUGGGCAACCUAGAAGUGGUACAUAACUGAUUGUAGGUGAGGAGGAAAUGGAGCUGGCCGCAGACUCUGUGCUGUAAGGGAUCUUUUAUGACGGCCCAGGUCAAAGGCCAAAGAGUGUGAACCAGCCGAGGAGGGCAUGAGGUCCAUGGAACACUGCCCUGGUCAAGUUGGGUGUCAUAUGUGCUGCAUCCUGGCUCAAUUUGAGUCACAGUUGCUAUUGUAGAUGUAUUUUUAUAUCAGUUAAUAAACGGUCCAUAAUAAAAUGGUCAUUGAUUGACAAUCUUGUCACCUUUUUUGGGUUCUCUUUGUAUAGCUCAGCCAAAUCUUGUGUUGUGUCUUUUGCUCAUUACCGAAACUCAAUCUGUUUGGAUUAUAUUAAUAAACUCAAUAAAAUUAAA